AUGAGAGUUCGGCUCAAAGGGGAUGCGAUCUGCACCCUUUUCCUGGUGGUAGUGCUUUGCUCUUUACUCUAUUCCCAGUUGGAGCGUACUUCCCCAACAGGAAACAGGGAGCAAAUGCACAAGAAACCUUCACCAACGCAGAGGAUCUUCCCAGGCCCCGAAGCCCCCAAGUGGCAUCCUCAAGCGGAGGUGACAUUUGGCCGACCCAGAAUCAUUUCUAUUGCUAAAGAUGCAGAGGUGGCAAGUAAAAAGGCCCAAACUACCACUUCACCACCUCUGACUCAUUCUGCCUUCGACUUCAAGCGCUACCUUCUAAACAAGGACAAUCGGAACUUUGAUCUUCUCAUUAACCAGCCCAAGAAAUGCCUGAAAACACCCGGAGGCCCCUUCCUGCUUAUAGCCAUCAAAUCGGUGGUUGAGGACUUUGACAGACGCGAGAUCGUCCGUAAGACCUGGGGUAGGGAGGGUUUGGUGAACGGGGUGCAGGUUCAAAGAGUUUUCCUCCUGGGAAUACCAAAGAAUAAGACAGCACUUGCAACAUGGGACAUUCUUGUCCACCAGGAGAGUCUGAUGUAUCAGGACAUUUUACUCUGGGACUUUCUGGAUACUUUCUUCAAUCUGACCCUGAAAGAGAUCCACUUCCUGAACUGGGCUGACGAGUUUUGUUCUAGCGUGAAGUUCAUUUUUAAAGGGGAUGCUGAUGUUUUUGUCAAUGUGGAGAACAUCAUUGACUUCCUCGAGAGACAUGACCCUGCAGAAGACCUCUUUGUUGGGGACAUCAUCUACAAUGCUCACCCAAUCCGGGUGCAGAAAAGUAAAUACUACAUCCCAGAAACGAUGUACGGGCUAGGCACAUACCCACUCUAUGCAGGGGGAGGGGGCUUCUUAUUGUCCAGCAGCACCAUGAAAAAGCUCUUCCAGGCUUGCAAAGAGGUGGAGCUCUUCCCCAUUGACGAUGUCUUUUUGGGCAUGUGCUUGCAGAGAAUCAAUCUCAAACCUGUUUUGCAUGAAGGAUUCAAGACGUUUGGCAUCAUGAAACCCUCAGCUGCCCCGCACCUGCAGACGUUUGACCCCUGCUUUUACAAAGAUCUCAUGGUAGUCCACAGUCUAAAAGUAGCCGAAAUCUGGCUAAUGUGGAAUCUGCUUCACAGCCCACGGCUUUCCUGCACCCAGAAGAAGCAGGUGAAGAAGCCUUUCCAAUGGAAGAGGAAAAAAACUGAAGCAAUGACGGACAGCAGCCUUCUGAUAAAGCAGGCUAAGCAUGGCAGAAGUAGGUGA